UUCGGGCUCAUCAAGGCCGCUAGAUAGUGGUUUAUAUAUGAUGUACGCAGCAGCUCAGGGCCAAUCUCACCACUACCGGGGACCGCUUAGAAUUAGGUACUGUCGAACAGCUUUCCCAGCUUCUAGCCUGUGGCGCUCAGCCAAUUGAAUUGUCCUUAAUUCCAAACUGAAGCAGUCUCCAGUGAUUCCCGGAAAGUAAACUGUCAUAUCAUAUCUAGCUGUUGACGAGGCCGCGUCAUCUGCUGUAGUUUACCAGAUCACAUCAAGGUAAUAUCAGCAUGGCAGCUAAGGGAGCAAAGAAAGAUAAAUACGACAACUUUAUGCGUCAGUUCCGUGACCAGUCCACCAAAGGCUGGAAACCGUUCACCGCUGGUCAGUUCAUGGACGUAUGGAGGCAUUACGAUGCCGACGGUAACGGCUUUAUAGAAGGUAAGGAAUUGGAUGGCUUCCUCAGGGAGUUUGUCUCUAGUGUGGUCUCUACGGACGCUGGACCACAGGUGGUGUCCGAUGCCUCGUUGAAGAAUAUGAAAGAGCUGUUCUUGGACGCCUACGACGAGAACCGGGAUAACAAGAUUGAGAUGUCGGAGCUUGCACAGAUUUUACCAAUGGAAGAAAGCUUUUUGCUUCUCUUCCGAAAGGACAAUCCUUUAGAGAGCAGCGCAGAAUUUAUGAAGAUCUGGCGGGAAUUUGAUAAAGACGCUAGUGGUUAUAUCGAGGCAGACGAAUUGAAGAAUUUCCUUAAGCACUUGCUGAAAGAGGAACACCGUACUGUCUCAGAGGAGCAGCUGAUUGAAUACACCGACACAAUGCUGCAGUUAUUCGACAGUAACAAAGACGGCAAACUGCAGUUCAGUGAAAUGGCCAAAUUACUUCCAGUAAAGGAAAACUUCCUGUGUAGGCCCAUUUUCAAGCAGAACGCCAAGAUAACAAUGCGAGAUGUGGACCGGGUGUUCCAGUUGUACGACAGGGAUGGAAAUGGUUGUAUUGAGAACGAUGAGUUGUCCGGUUUUUUGAAGGAUUUGAUUGAGCUGGUCAAUGAGGAUUAUGAUGCAAACGACCUGAAAGAAUUCAAGGAAGCCAUCUUGAAGUUCUGCGACACUAACAGUGACGGUAAGCUGGACCAGCAAGAGCUGACGCUGUUCAUCAUGCGCUACGCACACGCCAGUGGUACGGAGAUUGACCUGGACAGCAAAUGAAGUGUCCUGAAAAAAAGAAAGAAGUCAAAGCUCUGCCUCAUAGUAUGAUUUUAAAAGUCAAAGACAUUAACUGUUUGUAAAAAGUAUACAUAUUGUUCCACUGAUACGUUUCACUUUGAAUCCACAGACAUCCACUCUGUCUUAACUGAAUGUUGCCGGGAUUUGGAUUGGUUAUAAUAUGCACGUAAAGGCUAUGUCACUCUCUAGCGUAUAGAAGAAUGUUUUAAGUAUCGUUUGUGAAAUCGAAUAUACGCACAACCUGAGCUUAUAAAAUCAACCCUUUUCCAGUUUACAAGAAUGAACGUAUGACCAGCGUAUGAAAUAAUUAUUUUGAACCUGGUAAAAAUCGUUUUUCUCUGCGUUUGCGAAAAUGCUGCGUGCUCUAGACGUAUACGACACAAGCCUAACAAACCACCUCUGAUGUUUAUUUUGGUCCUCUCUAACCUCCCAUUACGAAAAAGAAGCCAUGCCAUUGGACAAUGCGACCU